AUGGGCCGUCAAUGUCGACAAGGGUGUCGCAACCACAUUGGAUACGGACUUUGGACUUCAGUUGGAACAAACGCAACUACCCCAGUUCCGUCGUCAGGCCAGCAGCUGAUGGCCCCCUCGUCGGUCAUCAUGCGACGCCCGUUCCAGCCACGAAGUUCGCAAGCGGUGGAAGUACCACCCGCCUGUCCGUCUCCGGCCAGCGUGGCCGUCCCGAGGAUCAGUACCCCUGCUCCGCCAACGCCGGUCUCGAGCCACGUCAGCCAACAGAGAGCCCAACAGUACAGUAGCGAUCGUCGAAGUUCGAGUUGGCAGGAGGAAGGCCCUUCGAAAGCAGUCCUGGUCCGUCUCUUUACGUCAGAGCGGCCAGCCACAACAGAGGAGCCGCCAGGCAGUUCAGGUCCCGUCCCGACAUCGUUGUCUACAUCCGAACCGUUUGGUACAACACGUUCGGGUGUAAAAUUUGGCAUUGGUCAUAGUUAG